GACAGAGAAAAAAUAUAUGUGUGUUUAGAAUUUUAAUAUAAUAUAAACAAACAUAUAUAUAUAUAUAUAUAUAUCCGAUGUUGUAAAAUCGAAUAGGAAAUUCUCUGUAUCAGUCUAAGCUGAAUCUAAAUCUCAGUCACCGACUUCCAUGGAUUCCAAUGAUUUUAUAGACAUGCUGUAAAGGAAUAUAUUGGAUCGCGCUUAGAUCAUUACGCUGGCUGUCAGAAGUCGUCUCUUCGAUGAAAAAGCAAUGUCUGCUUUAAUUUUCUACACUUUAUUUUAUCUUCUGAUGUCCGGAUGUAUCGUCUAUCCGCCAACGGAAUUCGUCUCGGCGGGACUGACUGUGAAAGACAUUUUCGCCAAUUGGCUCGGUAGCGAGAAUGAGCUUUUUAUACAGUAUCAUAUUAGAAGAAGCGUAGUUACAUUACUCGUACACUCUAUGCUUCCUUUAGGCUAUAUUUUAGGAUUAAUUUUCUUCGGUCAUGUAGACGCCACAAAAUUGUUCCUCGUCGGUGGAAAUUUCUUUGGGCUAUUAAUUGCUUUUUGCUCUACGAUUGGUCCACUUUAUAUAUUAAAUAAGGUCUUUGAAUGGUCCUCGCACGAUUGGGCCACGCAUCCGAUAGCACAAAAUCUUUCUGUAUACAGUAAUAAUAAUAUGUCGUGGACAUCUGUCGCCUCUGAUAUCAAUGUAGAAUAUCGAAGAGUAGAUAAAAUUGUUAUUGUCACAAGUAGUGUAACUCGUAUUGUAGCAACGGACAAUUGGAUUAUUAAGAUUACACCUUAUAAGUUGCAAGUGGCGCAUCAAAGCGAUGCAACUCUAAUUGUGAAUAAAAGCGAUACACACUUAAUGUCACCAACAACGAGAGAUCAAGUUCAAUUUAUCAAUAUACAGGUGAAACCCACACGGGCAAUGGCAGGAGCAUUUGAUAUAAGAUUAAAUGCAUUGGAUUUUAAAGAUUUGCAAGAUAAAGUUUCGCGGCCAAUUAUUGUACUGCAAAAUAUAACGUUUCACAGAACUUUGCUCGAUAGAUUUAUCGAUACUUUCAAAGAGGAAGUUAAUAGAAAUCCAGCCUACGAUACUACCCAGGAACUGGAUCAAUGCAUUGGAUGCAUGCAAGCGUCUUCAAAUAUAAAAUUGAACAGAUUAUGCAAUGCCGAAAGUAGAGAUUCUGACGGUUGUACAACAUGUUACUGUCGUCCAAUGUGGUGUAUAGAAUGUAUGGCAAAAUGGUUUGCUUCGAGACAAGAUGAGAAUGCACCAGAAACAUGGUUGUCCUCCAAAUGUACUUGCCCUGUCUGUAGAGCAAAAUUUUGUAUUUUAGAUGUAUGUCACGUAAGAAUUUUGAACCAUUAAUGUUUCAAUAUAUUGGAUUAUUUUCAUUAAACAAAUUUUAAUGUUAUAUCUUCUUUUGGAAAUAAUUUUCAACAGAAUAACACAUAAAAUUAACAAUUUCCAUGUAGAUUUAUAUAGAUGUUUAGACUAUAUACAUCUUGUUCAUGCAGUAAUGCUAAUUACUAAAAUGAUAAUUAAGAAAAAAAACAUAUAUGCAUAUAUGUAUAUAUAUUAACAUGGUUUUUUAUCAUAUGAAGAUAUGCAUGUGUGUGAGCGUGCCUUUAUAUUUGUAUCUAUUUUUAGUAUCAAUUAUCACACAAUUAAAUUAUAAUCUGCACUCAAUUAAUAUGAAUACAACUCGAUGCUUCUGUAACAUUAAUAAUUAGCAAA